AUGCUCCCUGCGCCACCAAACUUCGCAUCCGGCUCGCAUCUUCCUCAAUUCUCUCUGCAAAACACUUUCGGCCCUGGGUCAUCAUACGGACCACAUCCACAACCCGGAUACCUCUCUCAGGCGCUGUUGCACGAUCCACUGAAUCAAGCAGCAGAUCCCAACUCACCAGAGGUGUUCAAGGACAAUAUACAAAUUGUACAGAAUCAUGUCCAUCGUCUGCGUGAUGCAGCGAAGCAGCUCCAAACGGCAAUUCAAUUGGCGUAUCAACCUGGAUACUCGCCUGCAUCCACUGAAGCUUAUAUCUCGACACUCAAAAAUGAACUCGCUAUGACGAUUGAGAUUCUUCGUAAAUCCGGUGUUGGUGCUCUACCGUUCAUACCCCCUUCCAACGACGACAAUCCAUGUCCUGUGCCCACAGAACAGGCCCUUUUGGAAAAUAGAAUGACGAGUGUCAGGGCGCUUCAUGAAAAGCUGCAACGUAGCCAGGACAGUGCGGCGGUGGUUGCGAAUUUGUUGACGACAGACCAUAUUGUGAGACCAGCAAAAUGA